UGUAUAGGUAUACCUUAUAUAAAGCCUGAUAACAGAGAGCCUCAGUGGGACAACGUUGCCUGACUUUGUUACCCAUAGCAAAGUUGAACAUACAAUCUUUUGGCUAAACAAUAUCGAUGCCAAUUCGAUCUAUCUUUCAGUGAGAUUAUACGAUAACUACUGCAUAAUAUAUACGUUCGAAUAUCAUAAUGGGCAAGACAGAAAUUCGCACUGUUGGAAAGGUUAGCUUCGACAAGCCGGCAUAUGAGCAGGCCAAUCUCCAUAAUAGAUGGCAUCCCGACAUUCCGUUUGCUGGAUCUAUUAAGGAUGGCGAGACAGUCAAGAUUGAAUGUCUCGACUGGACCGGGGGUCAAAUAGGAAACAACGAUAGCGCAGACGAUAUUCGCAAUGUUGAUCUGACUAGGAUCCAUUACCUCACCGGUCCUUUCGAGAUCGAAGGUGCCCAGCCAGGAGAUAUCCUCUUGGUUGAGAUAAUGGACGUACAGCCGUUCCAAGAUCAGCCAUGGGGGUUCACAGGCGUUUUCCACAAGGAAAAUGGCGGGGGAUUCCUUGACGAAAUCUAUCCAUCUGCUGCCAAGGCUAUUUGGGAUUUCGAGGGUAUCUUUGCCACCUCACGACAUAUCCCACAUGUCAAAUUUGCCGGCUUAAUCCACCCGGGCAUUCUGGGAUGUGCACCAUCGACCGAGGUUUUGGCGACCUGGAAUAAGCGCGAGGCUGAGCUGAUUUCGGCCAACAAGCUUGAGAGGCAAGUCGCUUUGCCGCCGGAGUCGAAGGGCAUCCACGCCGGUGCAUCCGAUACAGCACUCAAAGAGAAGGUCGGUUUAGAAGGAGCUAGGACUGUUCCUGGCCGACCAGAACACGGAGGAAAUUGCGAUAUCAAGAACCUGAGCAGAGGUUCAAAAGUUUACCUGCCGGUUCAUGUCCCAGGCGCCAAGUUCAGCGUCGGAGAUCUACACUUCUCGCAGGGCGACGGCGAGAUCUCGUUCUGCGGGGCGAUAGAGAUGGCGGGUAUCAUCACGAUUAACUUCAAGGUGAUGAAGAACGGCAUGGCAGAUUUGGGUCUGAAAUCGCCUAUUUACCUCCCCGGCCCUGUCGAGCCCCAGUUCGGUCCGGGUCGCUGUAUCUAUUUCGAGGGUUUCUCUGUAGAUGAGCAUGGGAAGCAGCAUUAUAUGGACGUGGCGGUUGCUUACAGACAGACCAUCUUGCGAUGUAUCGAAUAUCUUCGCCGCUUCGGGUACAAUGACUACCAGAUCUACCUUCUGUUAUCGUCAGCACCCGUUCAAGGUCACGUGGCAGGUAUCGUCGACAUUCCGAAUGCAUGCACGACCCUUGGUUUGCCCGCUGAUAUUUUCGAUUUCGACAUCUUGCCAUCCGGGCCGGCGAAGGCAUUGGACAUGGGGACCUGUGCUUUCGAGACUGGUGUAACUAAGGGUGAAGUUACAUCAGGGGGCAAGAACAGCGAGCAUAGCUUCGGCGGAGGCUUGACAUAUAAGGCGUCUGUAGCUGAAAAGUUGAAGGAGGCAGUAUCGUGAUCAUGAAUCUGUCGAGUUUGUUCAGCCCCUUUAGUCGUCGUUGAUAUUUUCAAGCCAUUAGACGAAGAAGAAAAAAAAGGAAGAAAAAGACGUUCGG